AUGGGGUGGAAGAAUUGGAGAAAUUAAUGCAGCAAAUUUAAAACAAGCAUAUUUAACAAUUCAACCUUGGUUAGCACCUUUCACUGAAUUAACAGAGGACGAAUAUAAUCGUACAAUAAAACAAAUUGUUGAUAAAGAGUUGGACGAAUAUCAUUCAUACACAAAUCAUCAUAUUAUUUUGGUAAAGAAAACUAUUUCGGGUCAUUGGUUCUCUUGA